AUGUCUCAAAGUAAUUCUGAUUCUGAAACUUAUUCAGUAAGAAAUCAGGAUUUAAUUAGAAAAUUAAAAAAACUUAUUGACAGUAGAAUAGGAUCAGUUAAAUUAACUCAUGUACGUGGUCAUCAAGGUAAUUAUAAUAAUGAACAAGCAGACAAGUUAUCUAAAACAGGUUCUUUAAAAGAAGAAAUUAUUGAAAAAGACGAGAAG